AUGAAAGUUUUCAUAUUUUACAUUUUUGUUUGUAUUAAUUUUUUAAAAUGUUUAAGCUGUUUAAAAUCAUUAAAUGGAAAUAAAAAAAAUAAGAUAACUGGAAGAAAUGAGAAAAAAAUAAAUAAAUAUGAUUACAAUUCUUUAAAAAGAAGAUUUGAUGUCGAUAUUAAAAAAGAAGAAAAAAGAGAAAAGAAUGUUGAUAUGAAAAGAGAGAAUACUAUUAUAGAGAGAGAGAAUAUAAUGAAUGAAUAUGAAAAAUGUAUGAAUGUAAUUGAAAAGGAAUUUAAAGAUAAAACAGAUAAUGAAAGUAUAAAAAUAAAAGAGGAAUUAAAAAAAUUAUGUUCACAAAAAAAAAUAGAAGACGAAACAAAGCAAAAUGAAGAAGAAAAAAAAAAAAAUCAUCAGAUGAAUGUGGAUAGUGAUUCAUUAAAAAAAAAAAAAAAUGAAGAAAUAAAAUCACAACUAGGAUUGUCUAGCAAAAUAAUAGUACCUAAUGAAAUUUUGAAUGAGUCAUUAUCUGAAAUAAAAAAUUGUUUACGUAAUUAUAGAGAAAAAUGCCCUCUAAAUUGGAUAGUAAGUAAAGAUGAUAAUAAAUUUUGCAAUGCUCCCGAUUCUUAUAUAGGACCAUGUGAAAAAAAAAUAAGAAAUGACAUUGAUAUAAGUGAAAAAAAAAUGUUAGAAAAAAAAUGUUUGAUAUUUUGGCAAUGUGAUCAUAACUGUGAUCAUCAAGACUUCGAAAAUUAUUUAUGUCCACUAGAUUGGAUAAAAAUUAAUGAUGAAUAUUGCAAAGCACCUGAACAUUAUGUUGGCACAUGUUUAAAUAAGAUAAAAUUUUCAAGUAUGAGUAAUAAAGAAAAAAUGAUAUAUUCAAAUUUAUGUGAUAUUAGAUGGCCAUGCAAAGAAAAAUGCGAACAUGAUUAUUCUGUUUUGUGUCCUGAUGGAUGGAUUGAAGGAAAUAAUGAAUAUUGUAUAGCAACAAAUGGGUAUAAAGGAAACUGUAAAAAAAAAAUAUAUUUAAAGCAUUUAGAUAAAAUAAUGAAGCAAGCAUAUGAACAAAAAUGCCAAUUUAAUUAUCCUUGUUUUAAUUCUUGUGAAAAAAAUUAUGAUGAUUUAUGCCCAAACUUAUGGUUAUCAGUAAACGAAAAAGAGUGUGCACCAUCAGAAUACUAUAACGGAAAUUGUAAAGAAAAUUACAUUUUUAAAAAUAGAAAUAUAGAAGAAAAAAAACAAUUUGAAAAAUUGUGUAAUGUAUCUUAUCGUUGCUUAGAAAAAUGCAAAAGAGAUUAUUCUUAUAAUUGCCCUAUUGGAUGGAAGGAAACCUUGAGUUAUUGCUUAGCACCAAAUUCUUAUAAAUACAACUGCGACAAAUUAAUGAAAAAAAAUAUGAAUGAAAAUGAAAAAAUAGAAAUUGGUAAAAAAUGCCAUGUUUUUUGGCCAUGUUCAAAUUAUGAAAUUUUAUUAAAAAAAUUAAUUUAUAACAAUAUGUCAGAAGAAGAUUAUGUAUCUAUUAUAAACGGUCCUGUUGAUAAUGCAACAGGAAAAAUUGUCAAUACUUAA